AUGGAGACGACGGCGACGGCCGGGGAAGUGCCCAUGGAGGCGGAGGAGAGGGCCGAGGAGAAGCUGGGACGAGUCCAUCGAGGCGGCGCUGCAGAGGAGAGGCCGCUGUCGAGGAAGAACAGCGAGGUGAUACUCGAGGGCUACGUCGGAGGCGGCGGCAACGGAAGGUUGGGGCGGACGACGAGCCUGACGUCCGAUGACCUCGAGGAUCUCAAGGGAUGUGUCGAUCUAGGUUUCGAGUUCCGCUACGACGACAUCCCGGAGCUGAGAAGCACGCUCCCGGCGCUGGAGCUCUGCUACCCUAGGGCUCAGCCGGGUGCUUCGUCGUCGCGGCUGGAGGAUCGGAAUAAUGACGAAUCGCCUGAGGUCUCGCCUCUCGUCGCCGAUUGGAAGUUCAUCACCCCCGGAGAUGAUCCAGAGGAAGUGAAAGCUAGGAUCAAGUAUUGGGCGGAAGCUGUAGCAUGCAUUAUCAAAUUGUGCCAAGAUUGA